AGCGGGGUCCACCCCGAGGUGCGGGUGUCCGGCGGCGAGCCUGUGGACAGUGGGGGUUGGUCCCGUGGCUCCAGCCCCCGUGCAGAAUGGCGACGGCGGUUCGGAUGAACAUCCAGAUGCUGCUGGAGGCGGCCGACUAUCUGGAGCGGCGGGAGAGAGAAGCUGAACAUGGUUAUGCCUCCAUGUUACCAUACAAUAACAAGGACAGAGAUGCCUUAAAACGGAGGAAUAAAUCCAAGAAGAAUAACAGCAGUAGCAGAUCAACUCACAAUGAAAUGGAGAAGAAUAGGCGGGCUCAUCUUCGUUUGUGCCUGGAGAAGUUGAAGGGGUUGGUGCCACUUGGGCCUGAAUCCAGCCGACAUACUACGUUGAGUUUAUUAACAAAAGCCAAAUUGCACAUAAAGAAACUUGAAGACUGUGACAGGAAAGCCAUUCACCAAAUAGAUCAGCUUCAACGCGAGCAGCGACACCUGAAGAGGCAGCUGGAGAAGCUGGGCAUUGAGCGGAUACGGAUGGACAGCAUCGGCUCCACGGUGUCCUCGGAGCGCUCGGACUCCGACAGGGAAGAAAUCGAUGUGGAUGUGGAAAGCACAGACUAUCUCACGGGGGAUCUGGACUGGAGCAGCAGCAGCGUGAGUGAUUCUGAUGAGCGGGGCAGCAUGCAGAGCCUGGGCAGUGACGAGGGCUACUCCAGCUCCGGCAUCAAGAGAAUAAAGCUGCAGGACAGUCGCAAGUCGUGUCUCGGGCUAUAAGAGCGCGCUCACCGCUGCCUCCCCGAUGGCUGUCCGCGUCGGAUCCUGUUAGGUAGUGUAUGGGACCUGCCCACAACGCCCCUGCACGUCCACUUCAGUGUAUCACCUUACCAAAUCAGCUUUGUAAACGUUUUCAAGGAAGUACGUAAGAUUGUGGGUUUCUGAUUGCAUCCACUAGGUUCUCUCUCUCCAUACAAAUUCGACUCUGAGAGACCGUACAUUCCAAUCAGUUCAAAGCACCCAAGAAUUCGUAGACCGAAUAAGCAAUUGUCACAUCUCAGCAACUUCCCCCUCCUUUGCUGUCCUCCACCUAGUUAACGUUUUCUGGCUUACUGUGUUACUUGCCUAGGAGAAAUGUUGAAGUGUGUCUCGUGCUUAGGAAACUGAAGGAAACAAACUUUUCAAAGUUGAGAUCCUGGUCUCAGACUCCAAAGUAAGCUUUGAAAGCAGAAUUUAAGAGCACUUAACCGCGGACCUCACCCAGGGAGGAAGUCAGGAAUACCUCCGGCCAGCACCCCUCCGCCACCCUGUAGUCCUGCCGCCGCCCCACCUGUGGAGGGGAGCAGUAUUCUCACUUUGACACGGACACCUUGGCAGCGUGGCCCUGGGGUCGCACAGCUUAGGAAAGCUCCAGCAUUGUUUGUUCUUGCAGACAAAAUGGUACAAUCUGUGUGUGCGCUGUCCCUGGGACCUUGCUGUGUGCUGCUGUCUUGAGGCGCAGUCCCCGCUCUGGGUUUGUUAAUGCUACUUGUCUCUGGAACAUUUUUUUUUCCUACCUCAGAGAUAAAUGAGAUCUCCAUUUCCCACUUAGCAAAAGUGAUUAUGCCUCCUUUUUUUUUUUUUCCCCAAAUAAGUGACAUUUGGUCCAAUUCCAGUGUAUUUUCCUAUGUAACUUUGAGCAAUAACUGAGCUUAGGCGCUAGCUGAGCUAGUGGCCGUCAUCAGUGAAAGCAAAGUCUGCAUUGCCACUCCGUGUUGUGGGGUCAGGAGGGGGCUGAUGGCUCACUGGCGUCCCUCUCCUGAUGAAUUCUUUUUGGAUACACCUGGAAACUUCUUUAUGGAGGCUUUUGGGUUGACAGUUUAAAAGGCUGAUUUUUUUUUUUUCUUUUUGGUUAUGAUUUUUCCCUAAAGUGGUCUCCCACUUUGUAGCAUUUUUAUUUAAGCUAAAACAGAGCACAUGUGUAUGUACAUAAGACACAUUAAAUCUAUAAAUACUAUUUAUUCAUUUUAUAUAAACUAAUGUAAUGGAAAAUAAAUUCUUAUGACUUUGUGCUUUUAUAGAUGUUCUAGAAACUUUGUAUGUAGGUAUCUACAAAAUUGGUUCAUCCCCCUUAAUAUUUUUGCAUUCAUAUUUUUGAGGUCUUGAUGUUUUCAGCCUCUCGUGAGUCUUUUUCAUCAAGUUUGAACCAUUUCUAAAAAUCUGUGACGCUGAAGCAGAAUGUGUGUCACAAAGCGAUGGAACAUUCCUAAAAUCCACAGAUGCACUGCGACCUAAGGGCUCAAUGGCUGACUCAGCAGCGGGCGGCCGCCCUGCGCUGCCCCCCUGCCUGUGGUCACUCGGUCAUUCGCACACCACAGCCUGGCAGCUUAUGCAGGCUCCACUCACACAAGUCAAGUUCAGAUGCACUCUAUGUGGGAGCUCAUUCUCUACAUGAAGAGCAAUCUAAACAAAGCAAGAUCACUUUUGUGGGUUUUUUUUUUAAGUGAUUCUUUAAUGUAUGUUAAAAAAAUUUUUUAAUUGGAAAUUGUAGACGCCUAAAAAUUCCAAAGUCAUCUGUAAUAAUUCUGUUUUGAUUUUGUUCUGUUUUUCCUUCAUUUUGGCUUGGGGGGGGGGUGACACAAAGGAUUUUUUUUUUAAUUGUUGGAAUCUUUUCCAAUUACCAGCUGAAGAUUUGCACUGAAAUACAACUUGUAUGCCUUUUGCAUUUUUAAAACCUGCUUCCUGAAUUUAAGCAGAAUGAUAGUGUUCAAAGAGCCAGCUCAGCCUGUAACGUUCGAAGAAGAUAAAUCUGCACUUUGAGGUCCCUUACGAAUGCCAUGUGCUAGACCUCGCAAACGUUUUGUUUAACUGCUACAUCCAAGCGCCUCACAAGUCCACGAUGCUGGAUGCCUUAUGGCAUUGAAAACUCAAAACUUUGGGAAAAGCUUGUGGGCUUGCAUUGGGGGAGGGAAGGGAACACACCUGUACUUGUUUAGUUUAGAAACAAGGCAUCUGAGAGAUGCCGUUAUUUUCUGUUUCAAUUGUUGUGCCUUUGAGUUAAAUUGCAUUUUUGUCUUUUGGUUGAAAUAUAUAAUGUACUGUCCCAAUAUAAAACCAUAAUUAUUUGACCUUUGCACUGUUUGUCUGGUCCUUUUUAAUUUGGUUGCAUAUAAAUAUGGGACUUGAUAGAUCACUAUAUUUUUAAUGCAUUUGUGAUAAACAGACACCAGGGUUAGAAGUUAGUUUCAAAGCUUAAGAUAGAGUCAGCAUGCUAGACAGGCUUCUCUUUGACCAAAACUGUAACCUUCAGGACCAGCAAACCCAGCCCAAGGCAGCUAAUCCCCUCCCCCGCGCGGCUGAACCGCAGCCUGAUUUGCCAAACUGUCCUCUCGUUCACUGAAACACCAGCGUGACUGCUAGAGCUAUAGAGUCUUUUUGGUUGUUUUGGUUUUUUUAAGCAAAAUGAAAAACCUUUCUAUUAGGGUUGUUGGGGGGAGGGGAAGGGCAAAGAUAUAAACCCCAGCCUUUAAGACUUUGACAAUUGUACGUGAAUAUAGAUGUGUAUAAAUGUAGGCACAUGCAUUUUUUUUUUUGCAAAAGUUCUUUUUAAAAACUAAAAUUGAAACUGCACUGUAGUAUCAUCAUAAUGCAAAUGGGAAAAAGAGUACGUUGUCUAAUUUAAUUUCUUGCCAUGAGAAAAGAUGUAUGUGUGCUUUUGUUAACAUCCCCUGAAAAUACAGCUUUCCGUCCCUUGUUAGCUUUGUAUGGCAGGCUGAGCACCCAGGGUAUUUUGAUUUUGGUUUUCUUUUGCUAAGCAGAGAUCUGGAAUUCUUCAAGGUGCUGAUAGCAACUGCUGGCUCCUUUCUCUACUCACAGACCUAACGCUAGUUUAGUGACUUAAAAAGCAUCACAUUUUUGAGCAGAACCUAGAUUCUCCAUGUCAACCCAAGAUGAAAAUGAUUCCAGUGUGGAUUCAGAAUUGGGCAUUAAGUCCGCCCUGAUCCUACAAUGGGCCACUGUAGUGUUUGUUGUUUUGGUUUUAAAGUGGGCAUUUUCCUUUAACCUCUAAUUUCUUCAAAAGAAACAAAGGCCCCCUGGGUUUCCUGUGGGCCUCUUUCCCCUGUCUUUGAAGUGGCCAAGAGAGAAUCCUGGGGUCUGGGGAACAAAAAAAAAAAAAGGUAAACUAGAUAGAUAAGAUGUUCGAAGUAACCUUUAGCAAUAUCUUGGGGCUUGAUCAUGGAUUUUCUGGACUUUUUUCUCUUGCCUUCUUCCCCAUCCUGUAAAGAGAGAACUUAUUUUUGAAAAAGCACAGAUAUAUGCACAUUACUAGUUAGGCUUUUGUACCAUGCUGUAUUGGCAAGAAUAUCACUUUCAUUGUGCUUUGUAACUAUUUAUUCCCCCAAAUCUUGGUCUUUUUCUGUUUCUUCUUUACUGGUGUCCCUCAAGUUUCUUUGUCUCCCCUCCUGUCCUGCCCUCUGUGUUGAACGCCAGGUAGUGAAAAGCCGAAAGGCAAUUUCCUGCAUGUCAAUCCGUUAGUUUUCUGUCUCUUUGAUGCAGCAUGUGGUGGUAGCUGGCUACUCCUGACUCAAAAAUCCUUCCUGGGAGAAGACAACCCAAAGACUCUUUCAGAUGAAGUGGUUUUUCUCAUUUUACGUGGUCAGAUCUCUGUAGACUGUAGGAAGUUUUGUUUUUAAAGAUACUGGGUUGGGGUGGGUGCAAUAUGUGACUUAUCAUGAUUUUUGUCAUCAAUAUUUAUUACAUGGAUAAUUAACUUAUAUUUUGGGGGAAGAAGAAAUAAUUGCCACUGCUAGAUUCAGCUAUUGGAUAGCUAAAAAUUGAGUCUGUCUUCUCUCAGAAUCAUAAAAUGAGAAUUAGUGGGCACCCAAUUCUAAAAUUUAUGCAGAUGUUUAAUUUCAAUGUCUUCAUCUGUGGGGGGGCAGAUUAAAAGGAACAUUCUUCAUUUUCGCUUUUACCUGAGAACCAAACUUGCCUUUCCCCUCUAGAAUUGGUGCUCUUGGAAUAUUGCUGUUAACCAUCAACCGGGGGGUGGGGGGAUUUUCCUAAAGGUAAACACAGCCUAAACAGGGGAGCAGCAGAUGAAAGAAUGGGAAAUUGUUUCCAGAUGUUUAUUUCUUUAUGUAAAUAUGACGCCAAUGUAAAUCCUGUGUCAAGACCAUAGAGAAUGGUGCUUUUUACUACAAUUAGCACAUGCAUUUUUAGAAACUAUUACAUGUUUUAGAGAAUCUUUGCUGUGUAUAUGUAAACUUAUGUAUUGUUCAACUGUUAACAAAUAAUAAAUUAUUUCAUUAUUAAAGAAA